CAUGGUUUCUACUGUAGCCGGCGAGGAAUGUGUUUCCAUGAGGCAGUGAAGAAGAGCCUUUCAUUAGCACCGAGUGAGAGAGGGACCAAGCAAAGGCCAUGGCCGGGAUAUUCGACAUUGAUUUGGAUCAGCCGGACGAAAAUGAAUCUGACGACGAACUCGAGGAUGGGGUGAGUUACCAAGCAAAACAUAAGCUAGCUAGGUUCUAUCGUUAUUGUAGCUAUAGCUAGCUACUAGUGAAGAAGGGAGGCGCAAACUAACUCGCGCUAGCUAGCCAUUAGCAAGCGAAACCCAAGGCGGACUUGACGUUGGUGGCUAGCUGGCUAGCUAACCAACUAAAACAUUGUAGGCCUACCUGUCUUCUCAAUAAAGUAUCCAUGCUUAGUUAGAUAGACAUGACAUAAAGGAGACACGCAUUGAUAGAUUAGUUUAACAACCAGAACAUAUUUCUGAAGUGCAUUAGUUAAUAAUUGUCUAGAUAAAAUAAAAAAACACAUGAAUCCACCUGACCUCUGUCAUGCGCAUUAUAAUCAGAUUUCGGCAUCAUUGGAUGUGGACAAGUGAAACAAGUCGUUCUACUCUUUCAUACAUAAUUUAUUUUAGAAUCAUUAGGUAGUUUUUUUUGCAGCUGUCUGUCACUAGACUGAGAUGCAAUCAAAAAAGUCCCUUCUGAAUACACAGUAGCAAAUAGUAGUUUUAUUUCUGAGAUACAAAAAAGUAUUUUAUUUGUGUCUACAUUAAACUGGUAAUUGAUUGUGAUAUGAUUAAGAGGGGAAAAAAUCCCUAUUAGGGUGUGGUGCCUGGCCUUAACAGGACUGAUCCUUCUCCAUCAGGAAGCAACUUCAAUAAUACACCUGUUCCAGUUAGAGUACCAUUAGGUGCUGUAAAAUGUUUUUUCUUAAUCAUCACUAUCAACUGAAUACCAGUUAAAUGUAGACACAAAUAAAAUACUUUUUUGUAUUAAAAUAUGCAAAUGAGGCGAUCUCAUUACAUAUGCACAUACCACGCAAAUUCAUUUUUCUGGACAACGCUAGGCCAAUUGUGCGCCGCCCAUGAGUCUCCCGGUCGUGGCCGGCUGCGACAGAGCCUGGAUUCGAACCAGGAUCUCUAGUGGCACAGCUAGCACUGCGAUGCAGUGCCUUAGACCACUGCGCCACUCAGGAGACACACGCCAUGCUUCACCGUAGGGAUGGUGCCAGGUUUCCUCCAGACGUGACGCUUGACAUUCAGGCCAAAGAGUUAAAUAUUGGUUUCAUCAGACCAGAGGAUCUUGUUUCUCAUUGUCUGAGAGUCAUUUAGGUGCUUUUGGCAAACUCCAGGCGGGCUGUCAUGAGCCUUUUACUGAGGAGUGGCUUCCGUCUGGCCACUCUAUCAUAAAGGCCUGAUUGGUGGAGUGCUGCAGAGAUGGUUGUCCUUCUGGAAGGUUCUCCCAUCUCCACAGAGGAACUGGAGCUCUGUCAGUGACCAUCGGGUUCUUGGUCACCUCCCUGACCAAGGCCCUUCUCCCUCGAGUGCUCAGUUUGGCUGGGCGGCCAGCUCUAGAAAGAGUCUUGAUGGUUCCAAACUUCUUCCAUUUAAGAAUGAUGGAGGCCACUGUGUUCUUGGGGACCUUCAAUGCUGCAGACAUUUUUUGUUACCCUUCCCCAGAUCUGUGCCUCGACACAAUCCUGUCUCGGAGCUCUACGGACAAUUCCUUUGACCUCUGCUUGGUUUUUGCUCUGACAUGCACUGUCGACUGUGGGACCUUAUAUAGAUAGGUGUGUUCCUUUCCAAAUCAUGUCCGUCCAAUUAAAUUAACCACAGGUGGACUUCAAUCAAGAUGUAGAAACAUCUCAAGGAUGAUCAAUGGAAACAGGAUGCACCUGAGCUCAAUUUCGAGUCUCAUAGCAAAGGGUCUGAAUACUUAUGUAAAUAAGUUAUUUCUGUUUUUUAUUUUUAAUACAUUUGCAAACAUUUCUAAAAACCUGUUUUUGCUUUGUCAUUAUGGGGUAUUGUGUGUAGAUUGAGGAAUUGUUUUAUUGAAUUCAUUUUAGAAUAAGGCUGUAACGUAACAAAAUGUGGAAAAAGGGAAGGGGUCUGAAUACUUUCCGAAUGCACUGUAGAUGCAAAAAAUCAUUUCAGCCUGUGGGGCCUGGCCUUAAGUUCUCUUUUUUUUUGCUAGAUCCAAAUGAGCGAAUGCAGCGGGUUCGAAUUGUGAGUAUUUACAACAUAGGUUCAGCCUGUAUAUUUUGGCACUCAAGCUAUUGUGGCACACUUACCACAACACGUUUGACCACACUAUUCUUCUUUGUCAUGUUAUCCUGUGUUUUUAUGUUUUGUCUUAGGUGUCAAUAUAAUUGCCCUACAGGGAUUGGUGUAAUCAGAUUUUUGUCAAUUACAGGAAAACUUUAAAUCAUUUUUAUGAUGUAUGCUUUGAUGAACAGAUACAGGACAAUUGAGAUGAUAGAACACCUCAGAUAAAGUUGACUGUGCAGGACUUGUCAUUCAGGUCGAUUCAACAUUGACUCACUGCAAUGAAGUGUAUUUGACGUGUGAAUUACGGUUGUCUUUAUUAUUAUUUUUCAAGUAACAUGGAUGACUGUGAAAAGUUUGAAAUCUCUGAAGACAGCGUCAACAAAGGAACGGAGCAGAUUCGUCCGGAAUGCUUUGAGUUGCUCCGGGUUUUAGGAAAAGGAGGCUAUGGAAAGGUGAGUAUUCCCAUGUCUUCCCUUUAGAAUAGAUUGCAUCAAUUCAGUGAAAUUAAUGUUUUUUCUUUCCCCCAAUCACAUUCAGGUUUUUCAAGUUCGUAAGAUGUUGGGUGCCACUUCGGGAAAGAUCUUCGCCAUGAAGGUCUUGAAGAAGGUGGGCUGUUUGGGUUAUCAUCAGGUUGAGAUACUUAUCUUGUUUUCUCGUCUGCCCCUAAGGAACUGCACACUUAAGUUCUGUGAUAUUCAUUCUAGAGUUAUUCUCUAAGUAUUGACAUGACAAUGAGCCCAGAUUGGACACUGACCCUUUUGUUACAGUAGUAUACGGAAGGCACCGGUGCAUUCAUUCAGGCACGCAGUCAGAAGUGAGGCCGUCUAACCCAUAACUCAAAAAAUCUACUGAAACGACUUACCAUGAAUCCUCAGGGCUGUUUGUUUUCCCCCUUUUCUUUGCAUCUGCUCGGCCUCCUUUCUGUAAUUGACGACCGCCCGUCUGGUUUGCAUCUUGGCCCCAGAACCCACCUCUGUUUCCCAGAAGCAUUACAGGUUUUGGUAAUAGUUGUUCUGUUUAUAGUUUUUAUGAGUCUGUAUUUACUGUUGCUACCAUGCAGGAGCUAAGAGCUCAGAUUCCUAUUCUACAUCUGUUACUGAGGAUGAAGGUGUUUAACUAGCCAACCAGCAGCCAUCAUCACUGCCAAAUGAAACCCAAGAUCUUUGUACAUCACCAUCUAGCAUAACCUUCAGAACCACCCCUUUGGACUUCAAAGUGCGAGCAGCACAAGUGAUUUUAAGCUAACCAAGGAAGCGAGUUUGGGAAAUCGGAGAGUAUGCAUCUUAGAAAUAGUUUUCACAUAAACCUUUUAUGCCCAAACUCAGAAUCAAUUGGGUUUAACAAAAAUAAUAUAGUCGCUGUGAGAGAACAUUUAUUUUGAUUGCCGAUUUUCUGAAUAUUUCGAAGUCCCAUCUAAUAGGCCUACACCUGUAGCAGGCUCUCUCUCCUGCCUUGAUUUCAAUAAACGCCCCCUUCAAGUCCCACUUUGUUGCAGUGUUUCCAGGCUCUAUAUGCGGUAGCAAUUGAGCCUGGGACGAGGUUAUGGAAACUCUUAUGUGUGCAGCAGACAUGUCCCAGCAUUGGUGUUUAGCAUGGUUGACUUAAUCUGUGUCAGAACCCAGCACUCUGCAUGUUGUAAGUGGCUGUGUAGCACGGUAGGCACAGAGCCUCACGCUAAUGACCGACUGUGCUCUGCUCUCAUGCUCUGGCUUCUAGCUCUGCCACAGGGCUCAGGCUUAAUCCAACUGAAACAGAUCUACUAUUGUACCCAACGCCUGAAAUGCAGUAUACUGAACAAAAAUAUAAAUGCAACUUGCAACAAUUUCAAAGAUUUUGCUGAGUUACAGUUGAUAUAAGGAAAUCAGUCAAUUGAAAUACAUUAAUUAGGGCCUAAUCUAUGGAUUUCACAUCUGGGCAGGGGUGCAGCCAUGGGUGGGCCUAGGAGGGCAUAGGCCCACCCACUGGGGAGCCAGGCCCAGCCAAUCAGAAUGAGGCUUUCCCUACAAAAGGGCUUUAUUACAGACAGAAAUACUCCUCAGCACCCCCCCAUGAUCCUGCCGGAUGUGGAGGUCCAGGGCUGGCGUGGUUACAAGUGGUCUGCGGUUGUGAAGCCGGUUGGAUGUACUGCCAAAAUCUCUAAAACAACAUUGGAGGCAGCUUAUGGUAGAGAAAUGAACGUUCAAUUAUCUGGCAACAACUCUGGUGGACAUGCCUGCAGUCAGCUUGCCAAUUGCACGCUGCCUCAACUUGAGACAUCUGUGGCAUUGUGUUGUGUGACACAACUGCACAUUUUAGUGGCCUUUUAUUGUCCCCAGCACAAGGUGCCCCUGUGUAAUGAUCAUGCUGUUUAAUCAGCUUCUUGAUAUGCCACACCUGUCAGGUGGAUGGAUUAUCUUGGCAAAGGAGAAAUGCGCACUAACAGGGAUUUAAACAAAUUUGUGCACCAAGUUUGAGCGAAAUAAGCUUUUUGUGCGUAUGGAACAUUUCUGGGAUUUUUUAUUUCAGCUCAUGAAACAUGGGACCAACACUUUACAUGUUGCGUUUUUAUAUUUUUGUUCAGUGUAGUUUGAAUGUUUUGGAUUUCUUUGAGCCAACAAGAUUUGCAAGUGUUCUGGACCUGAGGGCGAAGAUAACGGCAUUAAUGAAAUGGCUCAGAGCAGAGCAGAGGAGGUUCUCUCCCUUCACUUACACUGGGCUGGGGAAAAAGGGAGAGCAGCGAAAUAGUCAUCUAAACCAGAUCCCAAAUGAGCAUUUUCUUCACGCUGUUAUGUCUUCAGAACUUCUGGAACCGGUAGUCCGUUACCUACCAUAGUGUGUCCUUCUUGAUAAAGAAUUUCCUCUAGUGUAAAGUAGUGUUACUUUUCAAAUGCAUAUCAUACCUCAGUUCCUAUGUGUAAGAAAUGUUUUUCAUUUGGGGUGACUAACUACUAUUACCAGGUUAUUACCACUUUGUUCUCUGCUGUGAAUGUCAAGUGCUACCAUUGUUAUAAUGCUGACAGUGCUUGACAAUCCAAGCCUUGUUUGAUCCCUCCAGGCCAUGAUAGUGCGUAACGCUAAGGACACGGCUCACACCAAGGCAGAGAGGAACAUCUUGGAGGAAGUGAAGCACCCGUUCAUAGUGGACCUCAUCUACGCCUUCCAGACGGGGGGCAAGCUGUACCUCAUCCUGGAGUACCUCUCUGGUGAGUGGCUGAGGCAUGGUGUGUGCGCAUACACACAGAUACACAAACCACACAACACAGCGUAGCGUACACCAACACACAUCAUUCGCACACAAUGGCAAAGCUCAAUUAAAUGCUGUAUUUGUAAUUUGUAGGUGGGGAGCUGUUUAUGCAAUUGGAAAGAGAGGGGAUCUUUAUGGAGGACACAGCGUGGUAAGUGGUGUAUCUGUAGUGUGUAGAAUAGAUAUGAGUGUCUGGAACCUGCAGUCCUCACUCCCAUGUGUCAACAGACAGGAUAUGAAGGUAGUGAUUACAUAGCAUAAGGUUGAGCCUUUUUUAGAAGCAGACAAAUGUAAUGAUGUUCAAAGCACAACACAUCAGGUUUAGAAUGUAGCGAGGGCAAUGGAGGGCGGCUAAAGGCAAAUCUGAAAGGAUGCAUUAAAAAAAAAGGGCUGUGAAAAUAUCUGCUGUUGAUGCUUGACGGAAGGGUUUUUCGUCAUACUUUAACUAUAUACAGUGCCUUCAGAAAGUAUUCAUACUCCUUGACUUAUUCAGCCAGGUCACCCGCAAUACAAGUCAGAAUUUGACGUCCAUCCAUGUCUGAGGACGUCGGGAGAUGACGUGGAAAAUGGCCUCUAGGGGCAACAGUGGGCGCUUUUACCUUCAAGUAGGUUACGGUUUUGCUAGGGUGUCUGCCUCUGGUGCCAAAGGUUGCAUGUUCUAAUCCAGCGAUAGAAAGUUGUUUUUGAGAUUUUUGUUUUAAGUCUAUCCCAAUCCAUAACCAUUACCUUAAAAAUGUGCCGUUAAUGCCUAAACCUAACCUUAAACACUUUGAAAUUUGACGUUUGGAACAAUGACAAACAUGGAUGAAAUUCUGACGUGUGACUGAGAGAGCUUGUUGGACUUAUUCCACGUUUUGUUGUUACAGCGUGAAUUCAAAAAUUGAUAUACACUACUUUUCAAAAGUUUGGGGUCACUUAGAAAUGUCUUUGUUUUCGAAAGAAAAGCAUUUUUUUUGGCCAUUUUAAAAUAACAUCAAAUUGAUCAGAAAUACAGUGUAGACAUUGUUAAUGUUGUAAAUGGCUAUUGUAGCUGGAAACGGCUGGUUUUUAAUGGAAUAUCUACAUAGGUGUACAGAGGCCCAUUAUCAGCAACCCUCAGUCCUGUGUUCCAAUGGUACGUUGUUUGCUAAUCCAAGUUUAUCAUUUUAAAAGGCUAAUUGAUUAUUAGAAAACCCUUUUGCAAUUAUGUUAGCACAGCUGAAAACUGUUGUGCUGAUUAAAGAAGCAAUAAAACUGGCGUCUCCGGGAUGCUGACCUUCUAGGCAGAGUUGCAAAGAAAAAGCCAUAUCUCAGACUGCCCAUCUAAAUCUUUUCUUUUUGCGGGUACUAUUUAAUGAAGCUGCCAGUUGAGGACCUGUGAGGCGUCUGUUUCUCAAACUAGAGACACUAAUGUAUUUGUGCUCUUGCUCAGUUGUGCACCGGGGCCUUCCACUCCUCUUUCUAUUCUAGUUAGAGCCAGUUUGCGCUGUUCUGUGAAGGGAGUAGUACACAGCAUUGUACGAGAUCUUCAGUUUCUUGGCAAUUUCUCGCAUGGAAUAGCCUUCAUUUCUCAGAACAAGAAUAGACUGACGAGUUUCAGAAGAAAGUUCUUUGUUUCUGGCCAUUUUGAGCCUGUAAUCGAACCCACAAUUGCUGAUGCUCCAGAUACUCAACUAGUCUCAAGAAGGCCAGUUUUUUUUAUUGCUUAUUUAAUCAGCACAACAGAUUUCAGCUGUGCUAACAUAAUUGCAAAAGGAAUUAAUGUUCAAUUAGCCUUUUUAAAAUGAUAAACUUGGAUUAGCAAACACAACGUGCCACUGGAACACAGGACUGAUGGUUGCUGAUAAUGGGCCUCUGUACGCCUAUGUAGAUAUUGCAUUAAAAAUCUGCCGUUUCCAGCUACAAUAGCCAUUUACAACAUUAACAAUGCCUACACUGUAUUUCUGAUUAAUUUGAUGUUAUUUUAAUGGACACAUAUUUUUUUUUUCUUUCCAAAACAAGGACAUUUCUAAGUGACCCCAAACUUUUGAACGGUAGUGUAUUUUCUCACCCAUCUAAACACAAUACCCCAUAAUGACAAAGUGAAAACAUGUUUUUAGAAAUUUUAGCAAAUGUAUUGAAAAUGAAAUGCAGAAAUAUCUAAUUUACAUAAGUAUUUACACCCCUGGGUCAAUACUUUGUAGAAGCAGCUUUGGCAGCGAUUACAGCUGAGUCUUUCUGGGUAAGUCUAUAAGAGCUUUCCACACCUGGAUUGUGAAACAUUUGCCUAUUGUUUUUUAUUUUCCAAGUAGAUUUAAGUCAAAAUUGUAACUCGGCCACGAACAUUCACUGUCUUCUUGGUAUGCAGCUCCAUUGUCGAUUUGGCCUUGUAUUUUAGGUUAUUGUCCUGCUGAAAGGGGAAUUCAUCUCCUAGUGUCCGGUGGAAAGCAGACUGAACCAGGUUUUCCUCUAGGAUUUUGCCUGUGCUUAGCUCCAUUCCGUUUCUAUUUUAUCCUGAAACUCCCCAGUCCUUAACGAUUACAAGCAUACCCAUAACAUGAUGCAACCACCACUAUGCUUGAAAAUAUGGUGAGUGGUACUCCGUAAUGUGUUGUAUUGGAUUUGCCCCAAACAUAAUACUUUGUAUUCCGGACAAAACGUUUAUUGCUAGUAAUGUGUUGUAUUGGAUUUGCCCCAAACAUAAUACUUUGUAUUCCGGACAAAAAGUUUAUUGCUAGUAAUGUGUUGUAUUGGAUUUGCCCCAAACAUAAUACUUUGUAUUCCGGACAAAAAGUUUAUUGCUUUGCCACAUUUUUUGCAGUAUUUAGUGCCUUAUUGCAAACAGGAUGUAUGUUUUGGAAUAUUUUUAUUCUGUACAGGCUUCCUUCUUUUCACUCUGUCAAUUAGGUUAGUAUUGUGGAGUAACUACAAUGUUGUUGAUCCAUCAUCAGUUUUCUCCUAUCACAGCCAUUAAACUCUGUAACUAUUUCAAAGUCACCGUUGGCCUCAUGGUGAAAUCCCAGAGCAGUUUCCUACUUCUCCAGCGACUGAGUUAGGAAGGACGCCUGUAUCUUUGUAGUUACUGGGUGUAUUAAUACACCAUCCAAAGUGUAAUUAAUAACUUCACCAUGCGUGGUUGAAUACUUAUUGACUCAAGACAUUUCAGCUUUUCAUUUUUUAUUAAUUUGUAAACAUUUUGAAAAACUUCCGCUUUGACAUUAUGGGGUAUUAUGUGUUGGCCAGUGACAAAAACAUAAUUUAAUCCAUUUUUUUUAUUCAGGCUGUAACACAACAAAAUGUGGAAAAAGUCAAGUGGUGUGAGUACUUUCUGAAGACACUGUAGAUGCUAUAUUUUCUGAGGCAAAGAUCAGCACACUGUGACUGUACUUGAUGUAAAAGGUCUGUUCUGCAGCUUCUAUCUGGCAGAGAUUUCCAUGGCUCUGGGACACCUGCAUCAGAAAGGCAUCAUCUACAGAGACCUGAAGCCAGAGAACAUCAUGCUCAACAACAACGGUCAUGUCAAGCUCACAGACUUUGGCCUGUGUAAAGAAUCAAUCCAUGACGGCACGGUUACUCACACCUUCUGUGGCACCAUAGAAUACAUGCAAGUCAAGGUCCUAAUCAUUAAAACAAUGAAAAGUUAAUGUCAGCCUCCCAGUCUGUUGUAAACUUCCCAUCCCCUCAGAGCAAUACUUUACAUACUAUUUUGUUAGGGGAAAUUAGUGUUUGGUUGCAAAUUGUAUAGGCUUACCUGACUGUCCUCCUCACCCACUCCCCUCCCCUCUGUCUCUCCAGGGCCCCAGAGAUCCUGAUGAGGAGUGGACACAACCGGGCUGUAGACUGGUGGAGCCUGGGAGCUCUCAUGUACGACAUGCUGACAGGAGCAGUGAGUACAACUCCUCUUUCAAGAGACACAUUUAUUUUAUUCAAAACUUAUGUACUCUGUCUUGUACAAUGUCAACAUUUAAUUGAUCAAUAUUUAGAUGUAUAACCUCAGGGGGACAUAAUGUCAGUGUUGUAGUUGAAUAUACCUUUUAUGUUACUCCACAGCCACCAUUCACUGGAGAAAACAGGAAGAAGACCAUUGACAAAAUCUUAAAGUGCAAACUGAACCUGCCACCUUACCUCACACAAGAAGCUAGGGACCUUCUCAAAAAGGUAAGGGUUUCACAGCGUUAAUAUUCAACUUCCUCUGUAGCUCAGCUGGUAGAGCACGGCGCUUGUAACGCCAAGGUAGUGGGUUCGAUCCCCGGGACCACCCAUACACAAAACAUUUAUGCACGCAUGACUGUAAGUCGCUUUGGAUAAAAGCGUCUGCUAAAUGGCAUUAUUUAUUAUUAUUAUUAUUAUUAAUAAUAGAAGUGUUUUGAUGGCAUUUCAGGUAUACUCUGCCUUCUGAUUGUCUAAUGCAGGUAUCUCCAACCCUGUUCCUGAAGUGCUACCGUCCUGUAGUGCUGAGCGAUUUGUGUUUGAGGUAGUUUCGAUUAUUAAAAUAUAAUAACGGUUUUAGAUUUUUCAAUAAUUUUUAAACAUUAAAUGCCUAUGCAUUAUGUGGGUUGAAUGCUGUAACACAGAAUAAAACAAUCAAUAAAAGUCCCAUGAUGGUAGUGACUGCCCAUCACUGCUUAUCACUUAUUAACCAUAAUUUAUUGACAUUAAUUUACUUUAAUACAAUAUUUCAGUUGUGUAUAUUACAUUUGUUUUAUUUGAUUACUUUAUUUCAUUCCAAGUCAUCUCAUCUCUAUAGAACUGCUGUCGGACAAAAUCACAAUUUUGUAGUUCUUCAAAGUAAAUAAGGCAACCUUUUUAUGACUGCUGAAUACCAACUAUCAAUCACUUAGAUCAUGUAUUUUCAGGUAGAGAUACCUCGCGAAGCAACAGCUGCUCUAUAUCCCCCUCAUUAUCUGUCUCUUCGGUAGCAGGCAUAAAAUAAACACAGACUGGACAAGUAGAUGCGCAAUGGAUUAUGGUCAUUGUAGUUAAUUACCACAUUUUAUGCAAUAAACUAUGUAGAAUAUUUGCCUGUUGGAAACUACAACUCCCUACUAUAUCGCACAGUUUAGGCUGGAUCUGAUUUGUCUCAAGAUAAACUGUUUAAUUUGCGCAUUGAGCUCAGAGGAAAGAAAAUAAAAACUAAAUUCAAAUAAUUGAACCUACUAUAAUUUAUAGUUUUCGCUCCAACCCUAAUCUAGCACACCUGAUUCUAGUAAUUAGCUGGUUGAUACGUUGAAUCAGGUUAGUUACAACUGAUGUUGGAGUGAACCUACUGGAGGGUAGCUCUCCAGGAACAGUUUUGGAGAGCCCUGGUCAAAUGUAACAAGUCAGAUCAAAUGAAAUCAGAGGAGCAGACUUGCAUUACCCAUCCCUCUGUUCCAGCUGCUGAAACGCAAUGCCUCGUUGCGGCUGGGGGCAGGCCCAGGAGACUCCUCAGAAAUCCAGGUAAUACAGUUAAAACAGACCUGUUGUAGGAUUAUUACAACGUUGUUGAAGGUGGUGAAAAGAGCAGCCUUCAUGUGUAUUGUGGCUUUCUCUCUGGGAAAAGUAAAGUUAUUCUGUCCUGUUUUCCAGAGCCACCCGUUCUUCAGGCAUAUUAACUGGGAUGAUCUUCUCGCUCGCAAGGUGGAGCCUCCAUUCAAGCCUUUUCUGGUGAGCCGUCAUUCCUUAUUCAUAGCAUUUCCAUUGUGAAGAGCACCUGUGCCUACCAAGUCCUCCAUGACCCACAGAAACUAGAGGUUAACAGGUUUCCUUCUUUCCUUCCAUUGCAGCAAUCAGCUGAUGAUGUGAGCCAGUUUGACUCGAAGUUCACCAGCCAGACUCCCGUGGACAGCCCUGAUGACUCCACGCUCAGCGAAAGUGCCAAUCAAGUCUUCCUGGUAGGCUGCUUACUCUGCACAUUCCAUUUGGUCUCGUGUUUGUGCGCGUGUGUUUUACUGUGUGCAUGGCUGCACGUACACGGGUAGGCAGAAGCUACACUAUUGUUCUUACGAGAAAUGGUUAAUGCAUUGCAUCUUAUUUUUUAUGAUUUUUUUUACUGGAAACUGAUAUAGUUUGAGUGUUUCAUUGCUCAAGUCCUGUGGCCUAUGUUGUUUUGGCUGUAAUCUUCCCUGUGACAACCUCCCCACAGGGUUUUACGUAUGUUGCCCCCUCCGUCCUCGAAAACAUCAAGGAGAAAUUCCCCUUCGAGCCAAAAGUCCGCUCACCAAGAAGGUUUCUGGGAAGCCCAAGAACACCAGUGAGGUAUGUGUUUUUUUUGUUUUUUUUUCAGUCUCAUGUUCCUCUAGGUUUGUGUAGAACCUGACGUUGUCCUGCCAACCAGUGGUUGAAUCCAGUAUCAUUCUGGUACUCGUUCUACUGGGAUUUAUCCUCACUGUUAAAAUGUCACCAUUCUGUCUGCCUUCCCCCAGUCAGUACUAUAAUGCACUAUUCUAACCUUGCCCUGUAUCCUCUUCUCCUGGCCCCCCAGCCCAGUGAAGUUUGCUGGGGGGGACUGCUGGCCCCGGGCCCUCACCCAGGCUGGAACCUCAUCCCUUGGGGGUUCUGGGUCUGGAGACCAGCCGAUGGAGGUUGGUAUGGAGCAGAUGGACAUGGGCUCCAAUGCUGCCGAGGUGUCUGCCCCCCUGCCUAUCAGAAAGCCCUCUGGCAACACCACCACAGGUGGCCCCUUCAAGAAGCAGGCCUACCCCUACGCCAAACGGCCCAAGCACCUCCAGAUGAAUCUAUGACACUGCUCCAUCAAGAGCUUCUCUUUCCUAAAUCCUCCUCCAUUCACUUCUUUUUUUCUUUUAAAAGACUUAUAGAAAUUAAAGAAAUGACUGACGUACCGUCUGCACCGAUCACCAGCUCCUCCAGACGCACCUUCCAUCCCUGCCUCCCUCCCCUUCUCUCCCUGGUUGGGCAGCUUGGCAGCCACACAGGGCAUUCUACCCUAGCAGAUAUGACAAACUAUAGGAGCCUCCUGUUAGGGAGAGGAGGAACUAGGGCGAGAACUCCCUCCCACCAAUUAGAGCUUUAGUCAGACAGCAAGAGGUCUUGACUACUUCCUUCAGCCCUGUAGAGUAUAGCUGGAGGAAGAGAUGAGAGCAGUGCUGCUAGAUGCUGCUGCUUGAUUCCUGUGUGCUCCACUGGGCUGGCUUCUCAUAUGACAUACUGGUGCUUUGUACUUUAGGUGGGUGGGGACAGACAGUGUUACUCCUGAUGCAGCAGUGCUUUCCCUCACCAGGAGUAAGACGUUAUUGAUCAAUGAAACUGGGUAAUAGACUUUUAAAGGCUGAGAGUGUGGAGAUGAUUCCCCCUUAAAUGCCUCUACUUCCUUUUUAGAACUUGCUGAUGAGGGGUUACAGAAUACAUUGUAGAUGAAUACAGUAGAUGGAAUCAAUCACAAUGGCACAAUGUACACAGAACACAAUAUUCACUGUAGACUCAGUUAUCCUGCUAUAGUGUAUUACAUUGUUCCAUUUAAAAAAAAAAAUAUGGAAUCAACAAUGCCUUUUUUUCUGCUUUGUCACUUGAACAUCCUGUCAGGAUAAAUCUUGUAGAACAUGUCUGGGCCGUGUUCAGUAUGUAGAAAACGUAUUGACACUGAGUGAAACAGGAAGGUACAACCUGAACUCGUCCAAUGAACACAGAUUUCCAUGACCCCUACUGAACAUGACCAUGAGCCGUGUUCAGUUGCCAAGCGUUGUUGAACGUUGCAGAUAGAAAUGGCAUGAAUAGAGCUGGCAUGAUUCCU